GGCUGCCGUCUCAAGCUCUGUUGUGGAUGUGGUUGGAUUAAUUUUCCUGCCUCGUAAAUUCACCUGGGAUUUACGUGUCUGGAUUGUAAUUAGAAAGUAGAUUAGGCGAUUUACCCGACUUUCGUUCACAGGUGUGACUGUAUGUUUGCGUCGUCUGUGUUUGACGUAACACAUGUCAUUGUAAACAGGCAUCACCAAAAUGCCGAGCGCACACCUCUCCCUGCGAGAGGAGGACGUGGUGCGGCUCACCUUGGAGUUCCUACAAAACCGUUGCCUGCACAUCUCGCAGUUGAACGUUGAGAGGGAAACUGGCAUCAUAAAUGGAAAUCAUUCAGACGAUGCUCUCUUCUUGCGACAACUCAUUCUCGACGGGCAAUGGGAUGACGUCUUGGAGUUUGUUCAACCCCUAGAAGCUAUAGACGCCUUCGACGCCAAGAAAUUUCACUUCAUUGUGCUCAAGUAUAAAUACUUCGAACUUCUGUGUAUCAAAGCAGAGGCUCCUGCGAACCCAAGCAAAGAGGGUGCUGUUGAUGAACUAGUCAAGGUUUUAAAUGAGUUAGAAAAGUACGCUCCCAACAAGGACGCGUACUCGCAGUUGUGUCUGUACCUUACUCUCCCGAGGUUGCACGAGCAUGCCGACUUUCGCGACUGGAAUCCUAGCGGUGCUAGAGUUCAGUGCUGGACCCAGAUAUUUCCACUGGUGGAGAAAUUUUUGCCAGCAGAACGUCGAGGGGGACUUGCCGGAAACCUGGAAGGCGUAGGAAUGGCACGUAACGACAGAUUAAUCCAACUGAUAAUAAAGGGGCUGUUGUACGAGUCGUGUGUAGAUUACUGUCAGAACCAAGCAACUGGUGAGGGAAGUUCUUCCACAGGAACCCUCAAGUUCCCCUCCCUACUUGCCGCUACGACGUUUAGUGAUUCCGAUCUUUCAUUGUUGUCGUGGCUUCAGAGUAUUCCCCCAGAUACGUUUGCCUGCCCCUUCGAACAAAAGACGCUCAAUGUUGAUGUGGAACGUCUGGAGAAACCUUCUUUGGAAGCUUCUUGGACAGAGCAUCUCCUGGUCACACCCAUCAAACCCCGAACCUUCCCUCACUCAGCCAUGCCCUACAGUCGGCCAAGGGCAACAGACAUAAUGUCUCGUUCUCUCAAUCCUAAUUUAGACGGACUUCCAUUUGGUCUCGGUUCCAAUCGUAAUUCCAUGGCCCUUUCGACUGGUGAUAUCAACAUGAUGUCUAAAAGUAUUGCAAGUUUUCACUUAACUGGUAAGAAAACGAUGAACACUUCGGUUGACAGACUCUUUGAUAAUGAAAAUAACGUGUUCACCAGUAGUUCGUACGGCGAUCUUCCAACCAUCAUAGAGAAGGUGGGCCAGCCGAAGGCUCCUCCCAGAAGAGCCCGAUCUCGCAGUCCAGAUAAACGCCAAUCAACAGAUUCGCUCAACAAACCCGCUUUCUCGGACAAGGUCGAGAAGGACCUCCGGGAUGAGAAGCCCGGAUCUCCCCCAACUCUACCUCCGAAGUCGUCCCCCACCCCUCCCCAGGUUCCCCCUUCCAAUCAGGGCUCAAACUUACAGCCACCUCACCACCAGCAGAUGCCGCAUCCAAAGCAGAACGUUCCCCUGCCUCCCGUUCCGGAUGGGAAAGCGGGCCAUCCCCCUCCGCUCAAUCCCAGCAUGCAGCAGCAGCAGCAGCAGCCGUUAAUGCCCCACAUCGACAAUAACAAUGACCGUGAGACCGGGGAGCUGUUCAGCAUCUAUCAGAGACGGCAGCAGCAGCUGAUGUACGAGCACCACCCGUACGGCAACAACAACAUCAACGUGAUGAUGAACAUGGGUGCUGUUCACCCACCGAACAUGAACAUGAACAGGGGUGUGAGAUGCAAGCGAUUGCAGAGAGGUUACUACAACUGGAUGAUGCCUGGUGUGAUGCCGCCACCCCCAAUGGGUAACCCCAAUGAUGCCUACAAUCCAUCAGUACAGCCGCCACCCUAUCACCAGUCCUAUGAUUCAUUGAAG